AGGCCCCACUCACAACCGCCAGCAGUCCACCCCCCGAGGCAACCCAAGCACCUCCAGAGGGUGGCAACGACCCCCCAGUGCCAGACACCCCCAGUGAACCCACCUCCAGGGAACGUCCAGAUACUCCAAACUCAGACCCUCCACCCCCUCACCCACAUCAUCCCACAGGACAAUAUCAAUGGUCCCCCGUCAUCGCUUUGUGAUGGAACUGAUCAAAGGAGCCCAGAGAGAUUGAUUAGACGUGGAAGCAGAGACUAUAUCAAGUGUAAUAUGAUCUAACAAAAGAUUUCUAAACUGGUUGAUGAAAAGAGUAUCUCUAUUUUCCAAUUCAAGAGGAUACUGCAUAUGGCAGUCAGAACCACGUGAGCCAAAGACAUCGUCCAGGUUUCCCAGUAAACAAACAGAGGGGGCGGUUGGGAUAUGAUAUUUCAGACACUUUGACAGGUCUUCACAUACUCUACCCCAAAAUUCCUGGACAGGUGGACAGGACCACAGUGUGUGAAUGUAAUUGUCAGGAAUGUUGUUUGUGCAGUGUGUACAUGUGUCAGACGACACAAACCCCAUCUUGAACAUCCGAUGACCUGUAUAGUGUACUCUGUGUAGAAUUUUGUACUGAAUUAAUUGUAAAUUGGAGUGUCUGAUCAUUUUAAAAGUUUUUAAACAAGUUUGGGACCAGAAGUUUUGGUCAAAGCUGACUGAUAGCUCCACCUCCCAUUUUUCCAUAGGGAUUGCUGUUUUGUCGUCUAUAUUGGACAGUGGCUAAUAUACUUUAGACAGUAGUUUGGGGGGUUUGAGAUUAUAGAAGUCUAAUACCCUUGGUGGUGUUUGUAAUUCUAUUUGAUUGAGUUUAAAUUUUUGUUUGACUACAGAUUUAAUUUGGUGAUAUUCUGAAAAGCUAUUCAUAUCUGUUCCAAAUUGGGAGACUAUUCUAUUAAAUGGGAUGAAGUCCAAUCCUUCAUAUAUGUGUUCCAGGUAUAGGAUUCCUUUAUUUUUCCAGUCCGGAAGGUUCAUCAUUUUAUUAUUUUGCAAAAUAUCAGGAUUAUUCAAGAUAGGUGUGUGUCUGCAUGACAUUAGUGAAGACUCUGUCAUUUUUAGAUACUCCCACCUUGCUGUCAGAGAGGUGCUGAUACUAAUACUUUUGAAGCCUGCAUGUUUUCUUAUGCCUGCGCUAAUAAAUGGUAAGUCUGAAAGCUCUAUCUUAUUGCAAAGUGUCUGUUCUACGUCUAACCAGGACUCAUAUAGUGGAUUAUCUUGCAACCAUCUUGGUAUAUAUUGCAGCCUGUUGGCUAAGAAAUAAUAAUAAAAAUUGGGUAGAUCCAGUCCUUCUUUGCCUUUGGUCUUCUGAAGCGUUUUUAAGCUAAUUUGUGGAGGUUUAUCCUGCCAAAGGAAUUUGGUAAUUAAGGAGUCCAGAGAUCUGAACCAGUCAGCUGGUGGUUUGUAUGAGAUCAUUGAAAAUAAGUAAUUUAUUCUGGGUAAGACCAUCAUUUUAAUUGUAGCAACUCUCCCCAUGAGUGAUAUCGGUAAGGAUUUCCAUCUUGCAAGAUCAUCUUCCACUUUCUUUAAAAGUGGGAUGUAGUUUAGUUUGGUUAGAUCUGCCAACUUGGGAGAGACAAUAAUUCCCAGGUAUGUGAUAUUCCCUGACUCCAAUUGUGUAUUAAGUAAAUUGACAAAAGAGAAAUUAAUUGGUAUAACUGUGGAUUUUAACCAGUUUAUAGAGUAAUCUGAAACUUUUGAAAAAGAGUUUAUCAGUUCUAUUGAAUGGGAGAGAGAGGAUAGAGAAUUCCGGAGAAAGAGUAAAGCAUCAUCUGCAUAAAGACUGAUCUUAUGUUCUAUUUUAUUACACUUUAUCCCUUUAAUACCUGUUGUUUGCCUAAUUGCUGCUGCUAGUGGUUUGAUAAAGUUAGCAAACAGUGAGGGGGAGAGUGGGCAUCCCUGCCUGGUCCCCCUCUGAAGACAGAAGCUAGCUGAUAUUUGGUCGUUUGUCCUGUCUAAUUGGUGAACUGUAAAAUGUUUGUAGCCAGUUUAUGAAGAAGUUCCCAAAACCAAAUUUAUGUAAAUUUGCAAAUAAAAACUUCCAGUUAACUCUAUCAAAAGCCUUUUCUGCAUCUAGAGAUAAUACACUAGUUUCUAUGUUUCUACUGUAAGAGAAAUCUAUCAAAUUAAGUAAUCUACGGGAGUUUGUGGAUGUCUGUCUACCCUUGAUGAAACCAGUUUGGUCAGGGUGUAUUAUGAAGGGGUUUACCUUCUCUAAUCUUUUUGCCAGGGCUUUACAAAUUAUUUUGAGAUCAACAUUAAUAAGGGAAAUUGGGCGAUAGCUGGUAGGAAAUGCAGGGUCUUUGCCUGGUUUUAACAAGAGACUAAUAUUGGCUGAAUUCAUGUUUGGCUGUAAUCUGCCACUCUCUUUGAUUUCCCUCAUCAUUCUGAAAAAUAUUGGAGCCAGAAUGAUCCAGAAUUCUUUGUAGAACUCUGCUGGAAACCCGUGUAGACCUGGAGCUUUCCUAUUAGUCGUGGAUUUAAGGGCUUUCUGGAGCUCAGCUAAUGUUAGUGGUGAGUACAGGACUGUAACUUGGCUGUCUGAUAAUUUAGGAAGCGUUGUCCUGUCAAGGAACUCAUUGAUCUUGUUAUCUGAUGGGUUCAUCUGUGGUGAGUACAAAGUUUGGUAAAAGUGUCUGAAAGUGUUGUUUAUGCUUUCAGGGUCAUAUAUUCCCGGUUGAGUCUUUAACAGCAGAUAUGGUAGUUUUCUCUUCGUUUAUUUUUAAUUGGCUAGCUAAAAAUUUACCUGAUUUAUUACUAUGUUCAAAGUUUUCUAUCCGCAGUCUUUGUACUAAAAAUUGUCUUUUUGUCAAUAAUUCUGUGAAGUUCUAAUUUAGCUUUACGUAAUUUGCCCAGUAACUCUUCUUCUGUGGAUGCCUCUAAAGACUUAAUGAUUUCUUCUAACUCCUGAAUACGUUUGAUUUCUGUUUUUUUCUUAUGUGAUGAGAAAGAGAUUAUUUUACCUCUCAUCACUGCCUUUCCUGCCUCCCAGAGAAUAGAUGCUGAUGUUCCAGGCAGGUCAUUAUGUUCUAAAUAUAAAGCCCACUCCUUUUUAAAAAAAAAUUCAAUAAAACCUCGUCUUUAAGCAGUGAUGUAUUAAACCUCCAGUUUUUGCUUGGUGGGAUUGUCUUCUUAUUUACCAGAGUUAAUGAAACCGGAGCAUGGUCGCUUACAGCUAUGGGGUGUAUCUCAGUGUCUGAAAUGUCAGCCAACAAUGAGCUGCUGACUAGAAAAUAAUCCAAACGUGAAUGAGAGUGAUGGACAUGUGAAAAAAAGUAUACUCUCUACGGUUAGGAUGAAGAGAUCGCCAUGCAUCACAAAGCCCAUAAUCACUCAUGUACUGUUUAACUAUAUUAGUGGAUUGCCAAUUGCGCUGAGUCCCAGCUGUACUGAGCCUGUCUGUUAAAAGAGUUCAUCCAAAAAUUAAUAUUGCCUCCAAGUAUAAGUGGAGGGGGGGGCCUGGUGCCUAUCUCCAGCGGUCAAUGGUCAACCAGACGGGGUACACCCUGGACAGAGAGCCAGUCCAUCGCAGGGCAACACAGAGACACAAAGGACAAACAAUCAUGCACACACACACUCACACCUGACAAUUUGGACAGACCAAUCAACCUAACAGUCAUGUUUUUGGACUGUGGGGAGAAGCCGGAGUACCCGGAGAGAACCCACGCAUGCACAGGGAAAACAUGCUAACUCCAUGCAGAAAGAUCCCAGGCCGGGAAGCGAACCCAGGACCUUCUUGCUACAAGGCAACAGCUCUAACCGGUGAUGAACAGGUGAUCUCAUCAUCUAGGAUAGGGAUUUAGCAGCUGUUUAAUCCUGACAUGCUCAGACCCAGUGAAUUCUGAUAAGAAUAAUAAAUGUCUGACCUGAUGUUGGGCUAAUACAGCCAGUCUGUCACUCCUCGCUCCUUGUAAAGUUUAUUGUCCACAUAAAGCUUAUCCACCGAGAUGACAGCCCUCUUCCCACCCUGGAUAUUUUUUUUUGCGCAGCGGAAAGAGUACGCUGCGCAGAUCCAGAAUUUCCUUAGGGAACUGGUCAUUUACGCUGAAGUCUUUUCCUUUGAGCUGUCUUCCGUGACAAGAUCCUUCUGUUUAAAAUGUUCAAAUUUAGCCACGAUGGGACGAGGUCUUCUGCUGUCCACUCUUUUAGCUCCAAGGCGAUGUACCCGGUGAAAGGUGAUGUUUUUUACCGUUUCUUCAGGUAUCUUCAUUUGGGUCUGGAGAAAGUUUUUUAUUGUAUGCUCGCAGUUCUCCGCCCCUCCCUCCUGCUCCAGCAGGCCUGCGAACACCAAAUUAUUCCUCAUGCUACGGGCAUGAAGGUCCAAAACUGUCUCCUUCAGAAUCUUGUUGUCCUGGGUGAUCCGCGUCAUUCCCUCUUCCAGGGAAGAAACGGACUCCCGCAGAGACGUGUUCUCAGCAGCGAGCUGCUCAACCUGCUCCUGGCUGAACUCCAAAGAUGUUCAGAGGUUCUGAGACUCCUGGUGUAGAACCUCAAGCAGAUGAAGUCGCCCCUCAAAUCCCAGAAGCCGUUUAUCUAUAGAAUCUAAUAAUUCUAAUAUGUCCUUAUGGGGAGAUGAGGCCUCAGGCGCGUCCUGAGGAUGGCUCCUCUUGGUCCUAGGUGUUUCGGUCUCAGCUGCUGAUUUCUUCGGACCCAUAACGAAAAACUCAAAAACUCCGUCAAUAUAGUUUUGUAAACUUUCUAAAUUUUCUCCACUUACCUCCAGGUUGAGUGAGUUAUACGUUCCAGAUUAUUUUUUGCGUUGUCAGUAGAUAAAUUAGACGAAAAUGCAUCUUAUUUGUUUGUGGAUGUUUGUUAACGAGCUGUCAUCAGCUUCAAACGCUGCCGUGUAUCCGGUGAUCGGCCGACAGCGCAUGCUCAGCUCAGCCCCACAGCCACCAUAGCCUAGUAGACUUGAGUUUUGUAACUGUAGACUGAAAUGUGUGUUUUGAGAGUUGUGAUUUGAAACUUGUACAUUGAUUGUUUUCUGCAAGUUACAAAAUGGAAGUUACGCGUUACAAAACAAGAAUUACAUGCUACAAAACAAAAGUUACAGUUACAAAACAUGUUACAGGUUACAAAGCUUGGUACAAGUUACAUGUAAUAUUGUCCCAAUGCUAGUUCCAUAGUAUUGCACCUUUGCACAACAGAGGGAGGUCAUCAUGAUCACAUGGGGAGUUACUGCUGAGCUCUGGCCAGUAAUUAUAUUGAAAGUGAAAGUGAAUAUGGACAGUAAGCUUUGCUUAUGUUAAGAGAACCAGCAAACUGGAGCAAUGCAGCACUCCCGGAACUCCUCUCCAUUAGAGCUGGAGCUCAGAUCACCAGAGACUGCAUAGGGACAGUGGAGGACAGACACCUUUAGGAGUGGCUUUUAAAAAAACGUAAUGAGUGCGGCUUUGAUCACAAUAAAUAGAAAGUUAUGUCCAAGAUAAGCGGAUGUCAGCAGCAGCACAGAGACUGCCCCAUACCCUCUUUAUGCCGCCAUCGCCCAAUCUCUUGUAAAAAGGACACAAUCAUUUGUUGCGACCACUUAUAAACGACUUAAAGCUCCCUGAUGCCGCCACAGCGUUGCAGCAAAUUGUAAAAACAGCUAUAGAUGCACUUCAACGGUGUACUUUGUAAAUGCACACCUGUCCGUUCUUCUAUUCAAAGCUCAAAUAUAAAAUAAUUUUAAUGGUGGUACCUUCAAAUAUGGGCUGUGGCUAAUUUAAACAUAAAUGAUAGUGAACGAGAAUCAUCCUCAAUAUAAUAUUCUGAUUUGUUUAGAAGCUAGCAGCUAUUCACUACCAGUUUGUCACAAACUCAAAGAUGGACAAAAAUUAUUUUAGAGGGUUAUUCUGAUUUAGUCAUUUGCUUGCAAGACAUGUAUGUGAGUUGUGGUUAUUCGAUUACCUUGCAAGAUAAAAAUUGUCAAGAAUUUUUAUUUAAAGAUGCUUCUAGGGCUGUUUUCUUCUUUCUAUACAAUUACUAUGUAUGGAGCACAAUUAGUGUGCUUGGUUGACUCUCCUGACCUGCAGUCACUGAGCUUACCUGUAUGAACUUACGAAAACCUAGCAAGAAGAGACAUUUCCGUGGCAUGUUUCCUUAGUCUAAUUGUAAAAAUAAACACGUUUCUACCCUUGCAAUAAAGUCACAAGGUCUGUUUGACUCCACAACUUGGACAGCACCUUCAUUGAGAAGCAGGCAGAAGGAUAAUACUAUCUCUAUUUUACCUUAGGAUUCCUCAAUAAAAGUCUUAAUUUAGAUUAUUUAGUGUUUUGACGGCUCGAGGACCAGAAAGAGAUCAGCCGAGGGCUGCUUCUGUCCCAAAUGCCCGGGCGGUCCUAGGGUUUCUAUAGAAAAAUCCCUCCCGGUGUACAGAGUCGGGACAAAAAAACAGUGAACGUGAAGGUGAUUUUCAAAUCCAUGACUUGCCCAGUGACAGCUUGUUGACCACUCUCGAGACCAAAGUCAGCCUCCACCAGUCUUCAAGCACUGCUUCAAAACCUAUGCCUCCCAUUUGCGAUCCACCAGUGAAAAUACACCCAGGGAGUGAGAUGAAAACCCAGGGACGAGAUUAGCAGUAGCAGCAGUGGCUACUUGCAAGAACAUGUGGACCACUGAUUUUUGGAGUUUGGUUUGGAGUUUAAUAAUUGAAGAGUUAACACUGGCACUUUUCUCUCUUUUCAUCGUUGUAGUCAUGGGUAUCCAUUGGCUUUCAAGUUUACUAGUGAUGUUAUCAUGUCCUGCUAAAGCGAGACAUAUAAUGUGGUUUGGCUCUCUGAAAUCUUGGACUGCACAGGGUGCAGCUUCCUUUAAGUUCAUGAACAGCACCGCUAUUGCACCCUCAAAAAAUAAAAAGAGACCAGAAGACAUCUAGUGGCAGACACGGAGCAGCUAAAUCAGGGGUCCUCAAUUGUAAUGGUCCAAGGGCCACUCAAAAAAAAAAAAACAGAGGCAAGAGGUCCGUUUCAGCGCGUGUGCAUCCGUCCCUGACACAGAAGCAUAAACUAGGCUUAAGGCUGCAUGUUUCCCAUGUUCUCUAGCUGAAGCUCUCACAGUAAUUAGCUGUAUUUAGUUCAACAUAACCUGUUAACUUUGUACAGAAAUUCCACAUAGGAGCUUAAAUUACAUCAAAUACAGUUAAAAAACAACAGUUCAGUCAGGCCUUGACAUCAUAUUCACCAAAUUACACAGCUGCUAAGAUGAUUAUAAAGAAAGCAGUUCUGACUGCUCUGAGCAGAUUCUUCGCUUCCAAAGGGAAAAGUUCUCCUCGUUUUCACGUUGCUAACUGAGUCUACAGUGAAACCUUGAUGAGAAAACAAAAAUGGCUUCCACUUUUUAAGGAGAUAUUUAUGUGCCCUGUAAACAUGUUCCUUUUGGGUAGAAGUAACUUUAAAACGGCAACUAAACAAUCAUUAAAAGCAGAAUUUGCCCCAAACUGCUCACCUUUGUGUUAACCCUCUCAGGUUCAAAAUAAUAAUUAUUUUUGAUGAAAACACGAACAACUAAGUACUUCAGGGCUACUUCUGGGUUAAAAAAAUGCUCAUGAAAUACGUAUGUGGCGUAACCAGGUAGGUUUUAACGUUGCAAAUCUCCCAACGCCUGCCUUCAGAGUGUUAAAGGAGUGAAAGGGGAAAAAAUGUUCUGGCAUUCCUGUAGGGGUGAAGGAGAGGCCGGGGUCAACGGCAUCCCUCCUGAGGAGUUAUAGGCUCUUCGUAUCUAUACAGAGAGGAUUUUAGUGCAGCUUGCUUGCUGCCAUUUCAUAAUACAGUUUUUUGACAGCUGACAGGACAGAUGAUUUUAUCUGGUUUUAUUGAGUCAGCAAACUCCUGGGGACAUUCCAGCACAGGAUAAAUGAAAGACAAAUCAUGGGAUAAACCAAAAACCAACUCUAGUAUUCCCUUGUGAAAGGGAGGAGGGGGUUUAUGAAGAAUGCCAUGUGAAAGCAGUUGUGGAUACGAAGUGGUUCCUGCGGUAAAAUGAGCCCUGCCAUCACCGAUGUGCUACUUUAAAGCCCAGAUCCUGACACUGUCUGCCGGUGGUUCUAAUUUGCGAGCAUGUGUUUGAAGUAUGAGAGGAGGAGUCACGAACGAGGAGACGCCUCAUUCUGCCGUCCGCUCCGUGACUGGCUGCUCUGACGUUAAAGGGGCCGGGCUGAGGGUUAAGAAGGUUGGAGGGGGUGAGCAAGAAGGAGGCAAGGGUGGGAUCUGGUUGGGGUUUUCAUGUACACACACACACACACACCUCUGAAACACUCUCCCAUGUACUCAGACAUCACUGGAACCUCUCACUGACUUAGCCCUGAUAUGGGAUGUGCUGACAUCUCUGGUGCAGACGGCUGGCUGCUCGUGUCCUGGUCUCAGAACUCACUGGAUCUUUUAUGGAUAUGGGCCCAAGAGGCUGGAAAGGAAUCUAGGGCUGGAUAGAGUGGUGAUGGGAUCUUUAUCCUGCUUACCUUUGUAGAGUCAGCCUACCUAGAGUAAAAAGAGAGUCCAGUGAGCCUGAUGAGUGCAGCAGGGCCAGCAACUGGCUUCCAGCGUCACCAACGGGACUUCGUGAUGGAGCAGAAGGUCAGCAAGCUAACCUCUGGCUUUCAGCGCAGCUCCACAUCGGAUGAUGACUCAGGCUGCGUGCUGGAAGAGUACGCCUGGGUACCGCCCGGCCUACGACCUGAACAGGUCCAGCUGUAUUUCUCUUGCCUGCCUGAGGAGAAGAUCCCUUAUGUCAACAGUCCAGGAGAGAAGUUCAGAAUCAAGCAGCUCCUCUACCAACUGCCGCCACAUGACAACGAGAUUCAUUACUGCCAGGCACUCUCUGAGGAAGAGAAGAAAGAGCUACGCAUGUUUAGUGUGCAGAGGAAGAAGGAAGCGUUGGGCCGAGGCACUGUGAAACUGCUGCCCCGAAAUCUUCUGAACAGCAUUUGUGAACAUUGUGGUGAAAGCAUCAGCAGUGGAGAAAUGGCAGUGUUUGCCUCAAGAGCGGGUCCUGAGUUGUGUUGGCACCCGGCCUGCUUUGCUUGCUCCACGUGCCGCGAGUUGCUGGUGGAUUUGAUCUACUUCUUCCACGAUGGAAAAAUCCACUGCGGACGGCACCAUGCUGAGCUACUCAAACCACGCUGCUCGGCCUGUGAUGAGAUCAUCUUUGCUGAUGAGUGCACUGAGGCAGAGGGUCGUCAUUGGCAUAUGAAGCACUUCUCCUGUUUUGAAUGCGAGACAGUCCUUGGAGGGCAGCGGUAUAUCAUGAAGGAGGGCAGACCAUACUGCUGUGGCUGCUUCGAGUCUCUCUAUGCAGAAUAUUGUGAAGCCUGUGGAGAACACAUUGGUGUUGAUCAUGCUCAGAUGACCUACGAUGGGCUACACUGGCAUGCCACUGAGGGCUGUUUCAGCUGUGUUCAGUGCAAGAGUUCUCUGAUUGGUUGCCCCUUCCUGCCUUACCAGGGUGGUAUUUACUGCUCGAAGGCCUGCACUCUAGGGGAGGACGUGCAUGCCUCUGAUUCUUCCGACUCGGCUUUCCAGUCGGCGCGCUCGCGGGAGUCCCGCAGCAGCGUGCGCUUAGGGAAGAGCAGUCGCUCAGCCGACCAGUGUAGACAGUCGCUGCUCUUCUCGCCGUCUGUCAACUAUAAGUUCCCUGGUGUGAGUGGAAAUGUAGAGGACACACUGACUAACAAGAUCACCCACAUGAACUUUUCAGAUGAGCAUUUAUGGAGGGGUCGUGGAGAAGAGACUGAGCCGCCUGAGGACCAAGAGGAGGAUUGGGCUCAACAUGAAGACUAUAUGACUCAGCUGAUAUUAAAGUUUGGUGAACACGGGGUGUUUCAGCAAAACAAGGACUGUAGACCCACGGAUUUCUGGAUAGCUGAAAAAGAUGCCAACUCAAAGCAGGAGUCACCAAAAAUUGACAGUGGUGGAAAAGCAAGGAGUGGGGUCUUGCUUAAUACAAAGUACCAAGCUGACAUGUACUGGACGCAGUCCCAGGAUGGAUUAGGGGACUCUGCUUAUGGUAGCCAUCCAGGUCCAGCAAGCAGCAGAAAAAUACAGGAGCUGGAGCUGGAUCACAGUGCUGGAGGAGGUCUCCAUGGAGAGGAACCACAAUGGUACACUGGCUCCUUGGAGUGCAUCACAGACGAAUUCAAGAAAACAGCUCAAAGCGGCCGUGACUCCAUGGAGUCAGUUGCUCUCUCCAACAUUACUGGAGCCUCGGUGUGUGGUGAUUAUAGACCUCAAGUAUAUUCUCUUCAAAGCCCCCAUGAAUUUGAGACAGAAGACUGUGAGAAAACCAGUAAUAUGGGAACCCUCAACUCCUCAAUGUUGCAUAGAAGUGCAAACUCCCUAAAAAGUCUUGAGGAGGAGGAGGAAACUGUUUCGGGAGAAGAGAAGUUACCUUUACAGGACAGACCCAAACCACACGUCCCUGCCUUGAGAAGAGCACGCUCACAUUCUAGGCCGCAGCAAGUCAAAUUCUCUGACGAUGUGAUGGACAAUGGACAUUAUGGUGAUCUUCCCUUGCGUCAACCCCCUAUGAGUGAACGGACUCGCAGGAGAGUGUACCACUUUGAGGAACACAGCCAGAACCAUCAGUCUGGUCACCAUAAUCACCAACACAGGAGACGUCGAAAUCGCAAAUCUCGCUCCGACAAUGCUCUUAAUCUCCUGCCCAAGGAGAAAGCACAAACGUGCUACAAAGUGGACCAUAGAGGUAAUGCCCUUGGACCAAAGGGACAUCAACUCUUUCAUGGACAACCCAGUUCUGCUGGCAUGUCGGACUACAGACAACACAACCCAGCUAGGGGGACGUUCUUGGGACUAUAUGGUGAUGAAGAUGACUGGUGCUCCACAUGUUCUUCCUCUUCCUCUGAUUCUGAAGAAGAGGGCUUUUUUCUGGGUCAGCCCAUACCUCAGCCCAGGCCUCACAGACGUUACUACACUGAUGACUUGACCCGACCUGUAGUGGGCAUGUCUUCUCCUCCUUUUGACCAAUGGACAAAGUCCAAAAAGAAAAAGGGCCACAAAGGGAAAAACUGUAUAAUUUCGUAGGUUUUACUGAGUUAUGAUGUGAUGCUGCCACUCACGGGUUGCUUGCUUUUAAAUGCCUUGCAGCAGUUUACAAAGGUGGCUGUGUAAGACCCAGCUCACGUCUGUGGCAUUAUAAACUACCAGUUAAGUAUUUCAGAGUUACACAUAUUUAUAAAACACAAGCUUAACGGUGUUUAUUUAACAUUGCUGGUAUGGAAUAUAAAUUAUAGUGGGAAAAUGGCUAUUUUUGUACCCUUGACACGCUUUGUAACAAAAUGGCAUUUGUAUUAGACUAUUGUCAGUUGGUACAGGGCAAUUACAUGACAAACUGCCUGUGUUCCUAGGCUUGUGUAUAAGCAUUGUGUGCAAAAAUUGUUUGACUGAGAAGUGUAUCAAUGGGUCAUUGUAUUCUAGACAAAUCGAUAUAACCUGUAUAAAUGUGCAAACUGGAAAAUACGGCCAUAGUAGGUGACUGUAAUAACAAUAACCAUAUAUAGUGUUUUCCCUUUGACACAGACACAAUAAAUGCUAAAAAAUACAAACAGA